AGGUUACAUUACAUUAAUUCGAUCCGAUGUAUACUCACAUAGGUCGAUAAAUGCAAUGGCGUCAAGAUGCUGUACCGUGACGCUGACGAAAACUUUUCUUUACAUUUUCCAGAUAAUAUUUUUGUUCACUGGAUUAGCGAUUUGUGCGUUAGCAGCAUGGAAAUUUAUGAUUACGUUCCAUUUCUUACGAGUCCUGGAUAGUCACAUGUACUCAACGGCAUUUUACUUAUUUCUAGCUACGGGUUGUCUAGUCAUUUUAGUAUUCCUUUUGGGAUGCUGUGCGAUACCAAAACGUUGGACCAAAUUAUUAUUUUUAUAUAUUAUUCUCUUAGUACUACUAUUUUUAUUCGAAAUUUUAAUUGGUGUGCUAGCCUUCAUCUUCCAGGAUAAUAUCGAAGAAGAUCUGAGUCUUAAUUUUAACAAAACGAUAAUAAGCACUUACCAAUUCGACGAUAGUAAAACGAUAUCCAUCGAUUAUAUUCAGGAAAAGCUACAUUGUUGUGGAGCUGUCAAUUAUAUAGAUUGGCGACAAAAUGAGUGGAUCAAAAGUGGAUCUGUUUUAAACAGAGUUCCCGAUUCCUGCUGUAAGACUGUGUCUGAACACUGUGGAUACAGGGAUCAUCCUUCGAAUAUUCAUGAAGAGGGAUGCAUCAGCUACGUUGCAGAAAAAAUUAAAACAAAUUUCUGGAUAAUAUUUAUAGCCGCACUAGGAAUUAGUGCCUUUCACGCUAUUGGCAUUAUUCUAGGAAUAAUUUUGUUUAUAAAAGUGGAGUCUGGAAAACAUGAUGGGGAAUACAGUACCAAAAAUGGAGGUACCGAGGCACUACUUUCCGAUGAUCGACAACUUCAUUUCUGAAAUUUAUAGUUCAGCAACAUAUUCUAGUAGAUUUUGUACUUUUGUUAUAGCAUCUAGCACUACAGCUUUAAACGUAUUAUAUGUUUUAACAAAUUUACGACUAGUACUAAAAUACUAUGCUUUGUUUUUAAACCAGAAGAAGUAAACUAAAAAGACAGAUUCACACCCAAGAAAGUCACUAGAAAAAUCACCCAAUAGGCACAUCUUCUUUUUUGGUUGAUCAUGUCGUCCUUCGACUGUAAUCCAUAAAUAUUAUAUUAUACGAGUUCUUAAAACAACUGUUUUUUAUAUAAAAGCAGACUAAAAGCGUUGAUUGAGGUAUCAAUACCUCAAUCAACGCUAAAAGUCUAAAAAUUAAAGGAAUAACGCAGAAAACACAAACAAUCGCCGAUAUAACUUAGUUAACCUAUGAAAUGCGAAUAGUGUCAAAAAUUCAUAACAGUGGAGUAAACUUGAUUGCGGUUGGACCAAUUACAAAAAAGCAUCACGGUGCGGUAAAUUUGAAUUACUCCUCCUGGUUUAAAAACAGAUUAUAGAUGAAUCUAAAAGGAGAUGUCACAUGUAAGGAUCAUAUUUCAUCAAUAAUUUUACAUUUGAAAUAUGGGUCUAAAUUUAGAAUUUUUUUUAUGAUUUUUAUAAGUUUAUAACACCUUAUCAAAUUUAAAAAUCGCCAAGAUUUUGUAUAUUUUUUUGUAAAUAAUAGUAGUUUAAUGAGAGUUAAUUUAUUACAUAGAAUAUGAUGGUAGCAUCUGUCUAUUUGUAUUGUAUACAGGGUGUCCAGAAACUCUACCGACAAACGAAGACAGGAGAUUCCUUAGAUAAUUUUAAGACAAUUUAACCCAAUUCACCUAGUCCGAAAAUGCUUCUUAAGGGAGCUAGAGCUCUUUGAAAACGGCAUCAUGAAAUUAGUUUUUCUUAAAUACCUCUAGAACGCUUCUAUUUAGAAAAACGAAAAUUGGUAUGCAUAUUUACUUUUCAGAGAUGAAUCGAUUCCAUCCAUUGCAAAUUUCUAGUACCGGUCAUAGGCGUCCGUUUUGGGUAGAGAAACAGGUAUUUUAUCGCAUAACUUUUUUGUCCUUAACUUUUAUGCAUUUCUGACACCGGAUUAAUAAAUUGUGAGGUAUUCUAGUACUAAAAGGUACUCUUGCUUUAAGUCAAUAGGACACACCGUUUUCUAGAAAAAUCGAUUUGAAAGUUUUUCGUUCUUGGAAUUUGAAACAAAAUUGAAAGACCUUUUCAACAAAAAACGAAGUAUUUUAGCAACAUAAAGUAAGAGUAACUUUUAGUACUCGAAUACCUCAUAAUUUAAUAAUCUAGUGUCAAAAAUGCUCAAAAAUUCAAGACAAGAAAGGUAUGCUAUAAAAUAACUGUUGACCUACCCAAAAUGGACGCCUAUGACCAGUACUAGAAAUUCGCAAUUCAAUGAAAUCGAUUUGUCUAUGGAAUAUAAAUAAAUGUACCAGUUUUCGUCUUUCUAAACAGUUUUUUUUUGAAUUUUUUUUUAAUUCAUAAAGCGAAAAAUUUUCAAAUAGAUUUUUCUAGAAAACGGUGUGUCCUACGGAUUUAAAACAAGAGUACCUUUUAAUACUAGAUUACUUCACAAUUUAAUAAUCCAGUAUCAGAAAUGCAUUAAAGUUAAAGAUAAAAAAGUUAUGCGAUAAAAUAACCGUUGCCCUACCUAAAACGGACGCCUAUGAUCGGUACUAGAAAUUUGCAAUAGAUGGAUUAGAUUUAUAUCUUGAAGAUAAAUACGCGUACCAAUUUUUGUUUUUCUAAAUAGAAGCAUUCUGGAGGUAUUUAAGAAAAACUAAUUACAAGACGCCAUCUUCAAAGAGCUCUAGCUCCCGUAGGAAGCAUUUUCGGACUAAGUGAAUUGGGUUAAAUUAUCUUAAAAUUAUCUGAAGAAUCUCCUGUCUUUGUUUGUCGGUAGAGUUUCUGGACACCCUGUAUAUUACGGGUAAAGUUAGAUUAAGAGGAAACAGUAGCGAUCAACAGGUAGCGAAAACGCGUUCCAAGAUUGCGGCUGUAAUUUUGAAUAUUUUUUCGAGAUAUUUGGCAAACGUAUUCGUAAUAUAAUAAAGAAUGGCGGUACAGAGCCCAAUUUGAAAAAUAUAUUAAUAUAUGGAAAUUACUCUGUAAUUAAAUACAAUAUUAAAAAAACGAGCCUGUACCGCCAUUAAGAAGAACAAAAAAAUACACUUUCUUCAAAUAAACUUUUUUAUCCGAUGCCUAGAUUUUGUGUCAUUUUGGAACUACUAAAGUUUUUUAUUUCAUUAGUAGUUCCAAAAUGACACAAAAUCUAGGCAUCGGAUAAAAAAGUUUAUUUGAAGAAAGUCUAUUUUUUUGUUCUUCUUAAUGGCGGUACAGGCUAGUUUUUUUAAUAUUUUAUUUAAUUACAGAGUAAUUUCCACAUAUUAAUAUAUUUUUCAAAUUGGGCUCUGUACCGCCAUUCUUUAUUAUAUUACGAAUACGUGUGCCAAAUAUCUCGAAAAAAUAUUCAAAAUUAUAGCCGCAAUCUUGGAACGCGUUUUGGCUACCUGUUGAUCGCUACUGUAUCACCUUAAGGGGUAAACCUAUAGGAUUACCCGGGUAAAGUGCGAAGUAUCCGCGAGGUAUCGGUAAAAUCCGAUAGUAAGUACGAAAUAAAAUUUAAAUAGUUCAAAUUUCGGGUUUUAUCGGGUAAAACAAAAACACAUUCUAACUGCUGCCACUUGGUUAAAUGCUUAAAUUGGGUAUAGGUACUAAAUGACAAGGCCUUAAGAGGAAACAGUAGCGAUCAACAGGUAGCAAAAACGCGUUCCAAGAUUGCGGCUGUAAUUUUUAAUAUUUUUUCGAGAUAAACUGCUCGUCAAAAGUUACCCAAGUAGCAAUUUUUCGACGCAUUGGUUGUCAGUACAAAUAAAUGCACUGUAUAUAACGUUGCCACAGUGGACUUUCAGUUGUUUCGGCCAACGGCCCCUAACCCGACUGACAUUACGAUGUUACAACGUUAAGUAAUAUCUUUAGUUAUAUGGGCAACUAAGUUAUUACUAUUGUGACAACUACAUAUCACAGUUAAGUUUUUUCAACAAUCGCAACUACUUAAAAACGUUAUAAUGCUAAACUAAUUUACGCCCAUGGGUUUUCUGGCCGACUAGGUAGUUGUCUCUCACGACCCCAGGGCCUUUACGUAUAGUUCUAUAGAUGUGUGACACGUUUACGGCAACUUCAGGAGCAAAAAAAGAAUUUACUUUAUAACCUUACUUUUUUCUUAUUAUUUUAUCCUAUUUAUUUGUUUUUUAUUAGCUGGUUUCUCCAUUGUUCAUUGUUUUAUCAGUAGAUUUGAUAAGCUUACAUCUUUGUAUCAGCUUUGCUAGACAGGGUUGCCAGGCCAGUUCUUACUCUUUCAAUACUAUAUCCGUUGCAAGAUAAUUUGGCUGAACCUCCGACAAAAUAUGUACUUUUUGUACAUAUUUUGUCUGAAUUCCAUCCGAAUUAUCUUGCAGCGGAUAGUAGUUUUGCUUUCAAAAAAUCAAUAGAAAUCAGUAGAUUCUUUUUAGGCCCUGUAAAUACAGUAAAAUCUGUGUUAACGGUUACCUGUCAAAAUCGCCCGGUUUCAUAAUCAACUUAAAGUAAACAUUAAGUAAAGUUCACUUUAAAGUUGACAUUUACCCAUAUAUGAAUUGUGAUAAAGGUAGGUACCAACUUACUUAAAAUUUAAAAAUCUGAUUAUGAACAAUCAUUUUGAAAAUUCUCCAAACCAAUUAUAUGAAGAUUUCCUUAUUUAGAUCUGGUAUUUACCAGUUUCAUUUCUCUGUCCAUCUAUUAUCAUCAUCUACGUCCUGAAUCUUAUUUUCGGUAAUGACAUUGGGAAAUUGUAACAAAAUGUCUGAAAAUUAAUUUAGAAAUGGGGUGAAUACUAUUAAAAAGCAAAUUUUAUUUUAGUGAUAACAAAAUAUUGAAAUAUACCAAACAUCUAAUAAAAAACAUUGCCUACUAGAAUUUUUUAAAUAAUAUCAAAAAUAUACCAAAACAGUAGAUAUCUACUAAAUGUGGCAGCGCUGUUAAGGAGAAUGAUGCACUUCAUUGCACUGGUCACAUGACCUCUGUCACCCAAUAAGAGGGUGCGUUCUAAAGUGGUUGGGUUAGUCGGUCCAGGCCGUGUUUGGUCGGCGAUUGGACUUCUCGGUUGUCUCAUCCGUCUAUGGUUGGUAAUAAGGUAUAUUUUAAUUAAUAUUGGUAAUGUUGUUUAAUGCACCAUUUUGGUUUUUUUUGGGAUGUAAAGAAAAUAAAAACACAAAAUAUAAAAAAUGCAGGCAUUUUCUAAUACCUUUAAAAGCACCAUCAAUACAUUAAAUUUAUACAAAACAUCUUUAACAUAAAUUCUGGCUUUUAUAUUAAAAUUAGAUUUUUUAAAUUUACAUAUUUUUUGUUAAAAAGGUGAUAAAAAAUGAGCGCGUGUGUUUUUUUAAGGUGGAAUAUCCAUAUUUGACGGUAAUCUGAGAUGCGUUUAUAAAUUUCACAUCAGGUAAUUUUGUUUAAGUCCUUAUUUAUGUAUUUAUAUAAAUUUAAAUACCUGAUAUGAUGUCAAAAUAGUUUACUUUUUAUAUAGGUAAAAAAAACAUAACCAGUCCGACUCUUUGAGCAACCAUUGCACGCAGGCACUUUUUAUAGUCGCUUCAGUUGUCUUAUGCAACCCUUAAGGUUACCUAGGCAACGUCAAGACAACUCAAAAAUCGUCCACCAAAUUAGUGCAGAAUUGGGUCGUCUUCUAGGCAAUAACAACGUUGUAACAAAACGUUGCCACGCGGUAGACAACGUUGUCGCGUCGACAAAUUGCUACUUGGGUAGGGAUAUAGAAAAUUAUGCUGAUUUUCAUAGUUGAUUUUUUCGCGAACAGACGGAUUCCGCUAUUUUUUUUUAUUUUAGAUUUUUCUUUAGUAUAUACACAAUUGUGAAAAGGUUUACUCAAACUUAUUUUUUGUAUUUAUACCGGGUGGAGGAAAAGAAAUGUUUUUCUUAUGUUAAGUUUGAGACACCCUGUAGGGAGAAUGAGGUACAAAUGUAUAAAUAUAUAUAUUCUGAUGUAUACUCAACAGAAUCUUAUUGUAGUCUUAUGUUUUGUGAACAUGUUGUUGUUUGAAUGUCCCUGAUAUCUUUGGAAACAAAAAAAUAGACGGUUUUGUAAUUAAACAUGUGUUUUGACCGAAACAAAAGUUUGAGACACCUUGUAGGGAGAAAAAGGCACAAAGGUGAGUAUACCUCGACAUUAUGUUUUAGUCUCUUAUUUUGUGAAUAUUUUAUUUUUUUAAUUUCUCUGAUAUCUUUAAUAACAAAGAAACUAGACGGUAUUACUCUUUAAUAUGUGUUUCUAUGUUUCACAUGUGUGAUGUGAUGCAUGUCGUGAGUUAAAACACAUAUUAAAGAGUAAUACCGUCUAGUUUCUUUGUUAUUAAAGAUACUAGAGAAAUUAAAAAAAUAAAAUAUUCACAAAAUAUGAGACUACAACAUAAUAUCGAGGUAUGCUCACCUUUGUGCCUUUUUCUCCCUACAAGAUGUCUCAAACUUUUGUUUCGGUUAAAACACAUGUUAAAUUACAAAACCGUCUAUUUUUUUGUUUCUAAAGAUAUCAGGGACAUUCAAAAAAUAAAAUGUUCACAAAAUACAGGGUGUCCCGGAAAAUAGUGCGUUCCUUAAAGGUAUAGGUAGAGGGCACCAUGUAAAGCAAAAAACUCUUAAAACAUUUUUUUCUAAAUGCAAUCGUUUGACCAAAAAAUUAAAAUACAUUUUGCUAUGCAAAUUAAAAUCUGGCAACUCUGCGAGGUACGAAAAUUUAAACGUAGACUUCUUUUUAGUAAACAUACAACAGAUAGUUUGGAAGAAUCUUGUUUAGUCUCAAUGCCGAAAAUAUUUUCGAAUCGUGAGUUCAUUACCAUUACCAUGUUAUUGUUGAUUAGUUAUGGCAGAUCACUAAAUGGAGAGGCUUAGGUACUAUAAUUUUUCAAAAAUUUUUGCCGUUUUUUCUCGUCGUUAUGAGUGAAUGUGUUCGCGAAAGUGUAAAGCCGGACUCAAACGACUCGUGUACUUGGCGAAUAAUCGUCACUUGCGUAUACUGGCAAUGCUGUGUGAGUGGGUUACUAGUACAAUCAUUGUACUAUUUGUCAAACACUAAUAAUAAUAAUGGUAAUACUACUAUUAAUUGUCAAAGAAUUGUUCUAGUAACGCUCCCAAAAGAUAUAGUAAGUAACGCAAUUAACGAUUAUUCGUUAAGUACACGAGUCGUUUGAGUCCGCCUUAAUAAUUAUUUUCAACUUAAUUAUGUUAGUUCACAAGUAAACAAAUUACUGACACAUUAUCAAUCUGGUGUAUUUAAUUUCCACUGUGAACUAUGUAAUUUAGUCAAAGUCCUCAGCAUUCAAUACAUUUAAAAUUUACUAUGUAAAUACAUAAUACCUACUAGUUCAGUUAAAAUAUGUGUUUUUAUUUUAAAGGAUUUGUGUAAUUCGUUUAAAAUUAUGCAAUAGGUAUUUUAAUACAUUUAAAAAAAUUAUAGUAAACAAAUAACAAAAAAAAUAGUAAAUACGUUAAGUACUAUUAGGUUGGAUUAUUUUAAAUACAUGUACUGUAAAUCACAAAUAAGUUCUUACUAUUAUCUGUUAUUAUUCCGUAGUGCGUACGAUCGCGAUGUUGCCAGGCAAUUAAAAUUUCUAAACAUUAAAAAAUACAGGUGUAUGGAAAACAAUGUAAUCUUUUUUUUUUGGAAACGAUUAACUUCAGAAAAAAAUGCUAUAGGACUUUUUUGUUCUAAAUUGUGUAUUCUAUCCAUACCUUAAAGGAACGCACUAUUUUCCGGGACACCCUGUAUAAGACUACAUUACGAUUUCGAUGUAUACUCACAUUUGUACCUCGUCCUCCCUACAGGGCGUCUCAAACUUAACAUAAGAAAAACAUUUCUUUUCUUCCACCCGGUAUAAGUACAAAAAAAAGUUUGAGUAAACCUUUGCAUAACUGUGCAAAUACUAAAGAAACAUCUAAAAUAAUAAAAAAAAUGCGGAGUUCGUUAAUCUGUUCACGAAAGAAAUCUACUAUGAAAAUUCAGCAGAAUUUUCUAUAUCCCUAACUUUUGACGAGCAGCUUAUUUGGCACACGUAUUCGUAAUAUAAUAAAGAAUGGCGGUACAGAGCCCAAUUUGAAAAAUAUAUUAAUAUGUGGAAAUUACUCUGUAAGUAAAUACAAUAGUUAAAAAAACGAGCCUGUACCGCCAUUAAGAAGAACAAAAAAAUACACUUUCUUCAAAUAAACUUUUUUAUCCGAUGCCUAGAUUUUGUGUCAAUUUGGAACUACUAAAAUUUUUUAUUUCAUUAGUAGUUCCAAAAUGACACAAAAUCUAGGCAUCGGAUAAAAAAGUUUAUUUGAAGAAAGUGUAUUUUUUUGUUCUUCUUAAUGGCGGUACAGGCUCGUUUUUUUAAUAUUGUAUUUAAUUACAGAGUAAUUUCCACAUAUUAAUAUAUUUUUCAAAUUGGGCUCUGUACCGCCAUUCUUUAUUAUAUUACGAAUACGUGUGCCAAAUAUCUCGAAAAAAUAUUCAAAUAUACAGCCGCAAUCUUGGAACGCGUUUUCGCUACCUGUUGAUCGCUACUGUUUCCUCUUAACUUUUUGAAAGAUAGGUAUCAUAAAUUUCAGAAAAAAAAGCAUUUUACAAGAGUAAGGAAAGUAAAACUAUAAAUACUGCAGAAAUAAAAAUUAUAAUCUAUUUGUUAAAGCAAUACAAGCUGCUGUGGUAUUUGGAGUUACAAAUAUUUCCAGCAGCUUUAAAUUUGGGUUUCUUUUACCAAUACCUCGUGGGUACUCCGCACUUUACCUGGGUAAUCCUAAGUUUACCCGUUAACCUCACUCCUCACUUUACUCGUAACAUUUAAAUUUAUGAAAAAUUAUUCCUUUUCAUAUAUUUUUAGAAGUAUCUAAUUGUUUCAUUAGGUCUAACCAAAUGACAUCCAUGACUAUAACUCAACAUAUUUUGGGGCAAAUAAAGCCUUCAUCUUGUAGUACAAUCCGUGGUACAUCUGUUGUGGAAGAAGUUUACAUAUUCAUUAUCUUUCAAGUCCAAUAGGUACGUGUUUAAACCAAAUAAAUUUAUAUUAAAGCUAAUGUCUGCUAAAGGAUUACUAAAUAUUUUGGCAAGACAGUAUUUUUAUGUUCUGUAGAACUGACAGAUGAUACCGUGAGACAAAAUCUGCUGAACAACUCCAAUUACUACUAAACAAAACAGUUUCUGUAAAAAAUAUGGACUAAAAUGAAUUAGAAAAAGACCAGAUACCUUUUAAUAACUAAGAAAACAAAUAUAGAAACAAACCUACAUUUGAGAACUGUAUCGACAAAUAGCGUUGAUAAAUACAAAUACCUAGGAACCUGCAUUUCAGACAAUAAUGAUCAAACAACAAAAAUAAGGGCAAGGAUAGAAAUAGCAAGAAAUGCGUUUGUAAAAAUCAAAAAUUUUCUCUGUAACGAAGACUUUAGAUUAGAAAUGAGAGAUGCUACGUGUUUUUGCUACUGCAUUAUGGACUUGAAAGCUGGACAUUGAAGCAAGAACACAUUCAUAAGCUACAGUCAUUUGAAAUGUUGUGUUACAGGAGGAUACUUAGAAUAGCAUGGACAUAGAAGAAAACGAACACGGAGAUAUUGCGGGAAAGAAUACGAAAUAAUAAACAUAAUAAAAAUUAGAAAGUUACAAUAUCUGGGACAGGUAAUGAGGGGGCAGCGAUAUGAAUUGCUAAGACUGAUAAUACAUGAAAAUAUAAGAGGGGGAAGGAGUAUAGGAAGAAUGAGGAGUCAUGGCUGAAGAAUUUAAGGGGCUGACAUAAAUUCAGUUCCAUAGAACCCUUCAGAGCAGUGGUAGAUAGAGUAAAGAUAGUGAUGAUGAUAUCCAACCUCCGAUUUUGUACACAGCACUUAAAGAGGAAGAAGUAGAAUUGAAAGGCAGCCUGAAAUAAUUAUUUUUUUAAUAUAAGGAUUUUUAACAUAUUUCGACGCUUCGAGUAUGGCUAAUGGUUCCGCCGAGAAGAUUGAAAAAUCAUUGCACGACAAUUUGUCCAGAAUAUCAGCCAAUAUCCAUUUCUCGGUAUAAUUGAUACAGAAGUACUAAGUGUGUAUGGUGUUGGUUCUUCCUAGCUGGCAAUUACUAUUAAAAUUUUACUAUUUUCGCAUCUAAACUACUAUUCUAAAUCAGGUUUGUACAUACGAUCACAAACUGAAAAUCAAGUGUACAAUAGAAGAAAAAGAGCAAGCACGAUGUCGACAUCAUUACAUCGUUUUUUGAAGAUUUAAUAAAAUAUUGAAAUAAAACUUUCCUUGGCAAACUUUUUUGAAAAAUUUUUACAGUCUGAGAAAAAUUAAAACACAUACGCACAUACGUCCAUUUUAUUUGUAUUUUAUUCUACUUUAUCUAACUAAUCAAACCAUAAAUAUCAGGAUUCACGAAUAGAAGAAAAAGACCAAGCACAAAGUCAACAUCAUUAGGUACUUCGUUUUUUGAAGAUUUAAUAAAAUCAAUACAACGUUCCUUGGCAAACUUUUUUUGAAAAAUUUUUACAGUCUGAGAAAAAUUAAAACACAUACGCACAUAUGUCUAUUUUAUUUGUAUUUUAUUCUACUUUAUCUCACUAAUAAAACCACGAAUAUCAGGUUUAUUGUAUGUUUGAAAAUUGUUAAUACCAGUAAAUAAUCCUUUAUAAAUGUCACAAAUAUUUAAAUAUUAGAUAAGUAAAACUGUUUUGUUAAAAAUAAAAUAUAUGUGUUAACUAAA